UAAAUGAUAAAACGACUUAGUUUAGAAAAGGGUGCACCAUACUCUACCUGCACUUGGAUGCGCGUACCUAUUUGCGGUUUUAAAGAGGGAGCUUAUAAUUAAAACUGUCGUUGUCAAUGUUUCGUAAGUCUUUGGCUCCCUAACUAUCGCGCCAUCACGUUAGGCAUUAACCACCUCGUUUGGGUAUGCGUAAUCCACUGGUACAUAUUUUAUACCAAAACAUUAGUACUAUAGAAGAUCAAAUGCUGGGAUAGUGCGGUCCCUCGACUCAAAAAAAAAAAAAAAAAACUUCAUUUGCAUUUUAAAAUUAGGUUUAUUCCAUGUUAACCUCCAUCCUCCCACCCAAAACUUGUCAUACCUCAAAUUGUUCUCUUUCUACUCUCUACCAGAUUCAUAGAAUAAACCCUUUUCUAACUGUCGGCUUUUCUAGAUCUUCUCGCCGGAAACCUCGCCGGAAACCUCGCUGGAAACAUCUAGAAACUGACAUGUCAGUCACAAUUCCGGUUCCGCCGGUCACCACUCAUCGCCGUGACAGGGAUGACCAGCCUUUUCUUGCUUCUGCAAAUGAUGCAAGAGAAGGAGAUUUAUGUACAGCUAAUGUGGAUAAUGAGGCAUGCUCUUCAAGUAAAAUUUCUGUCAAGCGCAAGAAUCAUUCGAAGAGUUGGUUUAGAUGUUUUGGUGUGGGCAUGUCACCAGAUACAAUUGCUGUUGCCAUGGUUUACUUUGUUCAAGGUGUUUUGGGCCUCUCGCGGCUUGCUGUCAGUUUUUAUUUGAAAGAUGAUUUGCAUCUAGAUCCUGCAGAGACAGCUGUGCUAUCUGGGUUCUCUUCGUUGCCAUGGCUUGUUAAGCCUCUUUAUGGAUUUAUAAGUGAUUCUAUACCUCUUUUUGGUUACCGGAGAAGGUCGUAUUUAUUUCUUUCUGGGCUUCUUGGUGCAUUUUCCUGGACUUUGAUGGCUACUAUGGUUGACAGCAAAUACGGUGCUGCUUUCUGCAUACUUCUUGGAUCUCUUUCAGUUGCCUUCUCUGAUGUUGUUGUAGAUUCUAUGGUUGUAGAGAGAGCUCGUGGUGAGUCACAAAGUGUUUCAGGUUCUCUUCAGUCAUUGUGUUGGGGAUCUUCAGCAUUUGGGAGUAUUGUGAGUGCCUAUUUUAGUGGCUCUUUGGUGGAUGCUUAUGGCGUGAGAUUUGUGUUCGGUGUCACCGCAUUGCUUCCUCUAAUCACGUCUGCAGUUGCUGUUCUUGUUGAAGAACAACGCAAGCUUGAGCCAGUGUGGGAUUCCACUCAUAGUACUGGAGGGCUUAAAUUACAGGAAACCUUUAACCAGAGUGUUGUCCAGUUGUGGGGGGCUGUCAAGCAGCCAAAUGUAUACUAUCCUACAUUAUUUGUAUUUCUGUGGCAGGCAACACCUCAGUCGGAUUCAGCUAUGUUCUACUUCACAACAAACAAACUUGGUUUUACCCCUGAAUUUCUUGGGCGGGUGAAGCUUGUAACUUCUGUUGCGUCGCUACUUGGUGUUGGGCUCUAUAAUGGAUUUUUGAAGAAAGUUAGUUUGAGGAGGAUAUUUUUGGCAACUACUAUCGCUGGAACCGCUCUAGGAAUGACACAGGUUUUGCUUGUAACUGGACUGAAUCGCCUGUUAGGUAUCAGUGAUGAGUGGUUUGCUAUGGGGGAUUCCCUGAUCCUCACCGUUCUUUCCCAGAUUUCAUUUAUGCCUAUCCUUGUCUUAGCUGCGAAAUUAUGUCCAGAAGGAGUAGAAGCUACUCUGUUUGCCACAUUGAUGUCUAUAUCAAAUGCUGGAAGUGUAUUAGGAGGCUUGAUUGGUGCUGGAUUGACCCAAGGCUUUGGUGUCACCAAAGACAGCUUCGAUAAUUUGGCUACUCUCAUAAUCCUAUGCAACCUUAGCUCAUUGCUUCCUUUGCCACUGCUUAGCCUUCUGCCUGCAGAUGAUUUUGAUGGGAAAACCAAUGAAGAGAACGACAUUGAAAUGAAGUCAAAUUGAACUCACAUUAAUUUAUGAAUCAAGCUGAAGCAAUGGCAUCAAAAAGUUGCUUGUACGCACGCGCAGUUGGAACCGUAGGCAAGAAGAGUUUAGCUGCCUCAUGAUACGAUAUGCUCUUUGCUAAUUCUGGCAUAUAGAGCUAAGCUCUAGCUAUUGCCUUCCACAUCAAAGAUGAAGUCCACUUUUCCUUUCAUGAUCUUACAUGGUUAUGCCUCCAGUCUACUAAAAGGAGUCAGUUGUACAAUAUGUCUAAUGAGAUCGGUGUUCGUCAUUCAGUUCAACUACUUUCAAGGUUCCAUAUCGUGUGUAUAGCUGACAGUCUUGAUUAGCUUGUAAGCAGGAUCACGGAAACUUAUUAAGUCUGUUUACAAUUGGAAGAUGGUGUUCACCUUCACUAUGAUGACACUACUUAUAUUAAAAAACAGCAAGCGGUUGGUCAUAUUGAUUUGUAAUCUAAAUCUAUUUUUGUAAUCUAAAUCUACACUAUUUAUAUAAUUGUGUCGUUUCUUAA